UUGAAAAGUCGAAUAAAUUGUAACAAAUUAAUUCACUUAACAACACUAUUUAUUAAGUGUUCAAUUCAUAACUUAUCAGUCUUAUGAUGUGUAUUGGAGAGAGCAGUCUUCUCAAUUGGAUAAUAAAUAAUUUACCGUUUGAGUUACAUUUACCAGGCUAUAAAUAUUGUGGGCCUGGCACAAACAUAAUUAAAAGGCUUAGACGUGGAGAUAAAGGUAUUAAUAAAUUAGACGAGUAUUGCAAGGAGCACGACAUCGCUUAUCACAAGUCAUCAAACUUAGAGGAUCGUCACAAGGCAGAUUUAACUUUGUUAAAUAUGGCGAAAGAACGAGCAGCUGCCUUGGAUGCAAGUCCAGGUGAAAAACUCGCGGCACGCUUAGUACGCAACGCUAUGUCAAUGAAAAUUAAAACUGGUUCUGGUCUAAAGAAAUGUAACAACAAGUGUUCUCAAAAAGAUACAACUGGAAAAGGAUUAAAAAAUAAAUUUAAAAGCGUUAUUACCAAAACGAAAAAACAAAUCAAAAAAUUAAAACCAAAAUGCAAAAAAGCAGCGAUAGAAUUAGCUAUGGCUGCUGCCAGAGAAUUAGCUGAUAAUUCAUCCAUCAAACUUCUUCGAGUCAUUCCUAUACCACGAACAGGUGGAGUGCUACCUUUAAUUCCUAUAUUUGCGGGAUUAUCUGCUGCUGGAGCUCUAGCAGGUGGUGCAGCUGGCAUUGCUAAAACCAUAAAUGAAUUCAAGAUGGCUAAAAAACUGUUAGCUGAGUCAAAGAGACAUAAUGAAAAAAUGGAGGCUCUUUGCAUAGGAAAAGGGCUACACCUUAAGCCACAUAAAGAUGGGUUUGGAAUAUUCAUAUCAAAAGAAAAAAACUAAGACUUCGGCUACC